AGUCAUUACCAUAGUCUAGUUGGGUUUGUAAGAGAGAGAGAAAAACAAAAAGAGAGAGAGAGAAAUGAUGGGUUGAAUUGAAAUUAGAUCAAAAACCAAAGUUGAAAGCAGUAAUGUAAAAAAAAAAAAAAUGGUUACAAAAACCUGAAAUCUGCAAAAUAUUAAAUGUUUUAUUUUAUCCAGUCAUUUAUUUGUGGAUCAUAUGUUGUUGUUUCAUAAGAUAAACCUAAUAUUAAUGUCUUUUCUCUUCUUAGAUCCGUUUUUUGUAUCCUUUUAAUUAAAUUUUGAUAAUUAAUCAAUGGAGCCUCGUGUUGGUAAUAAAUUUCGUCUUGGUCGGAAAAUUGGUAGCGGUUCGUUUGGUGAGAUCUACCUCGGGACUAAUGUUCAGACCAAUGAAGAGGUUGCAAUUAAGCUGGAAAAUGUUAAGACAAAGCAUCCUCAACUAUUAUAUGAAUCAAAGCUGUAUAAAAUACUACAAGGAGGAACUGGAAUUCCCAAUUUAAAAUGGUUUGGAGUUGAAGGAGAUUAUAAUGUCCUUGUGAUGGAUUUACUGGGACCUAGUCUUGAAGAUCUCUUCAAUUUCUGCAGUAGGAAGCUGUCCUUAAAGACUGUUCUUAUGCUUGCAGACCAGAUGAUAAAUCGGGUCGAAUUUGUUCAUGCCAAAUCUUUUCUUCAUCGAGAUAUAAAGCCAGACAACUUCUUGAUGGGAUUGGGAAGACGUGCAAAUCAGGUCUAUAUCAUUGAUUUUGGGCUGGCUAAGAAGUAUAGAGACUCCACCACUCAUCAGCAUAUUCCAUAUAGAGAAAAUAAGAAUUUGACAGGAACUGCCAGAUAUGCAAGCAUGAAUACUCACCUCGGCAUUGAACAAAGCCGAAGGGAUGAUUUGGAAUCACUGGGUUAUGUUCUAAUGUACUUCUUAAGAGGAAGUCUUCCUUGGCAGGGGCUGAAAGCAGGCACAAAGAAACAGAAGUAUGAGAGGAUCAGUGAGAAGAAAGUUUCAACAUCAAUAGAGACAUUGUGCCGUGGCUAUCCUACAGAGUUUGCAUCAUAUUUUCACUACUGUCGAUCACUGAGAUUUGAGGAUAAACCAGAUUAUGCUUAUCUCAAGAGAAUUUUCCGUGACCUUUUCAUUCGGGAAGGUUUUCAGUUUGAUUAUGUAUUUGACUGGACCAUUUUGAAAUAUCAGCAGUCACAGCUUGCCAAUCCUCCAUCUCGUGCUCUUGGUGGUACUGCUGGACCAAGUUCAGGGAUGCCUCAUGCUCUUGCUAAUGCUGAGAGGCAAUCAGGUGGUGAAGAAGGUCGGCCUAUUGGUUGGUCUUCAGGAAAUCUUGCUCGUAAUAGGAACUCAGGGCUGCAAUUCAACUCUGGAAGCUUGGCUAAGCAAAAAGGGACAGUUACCAAUGAUUUAUCCAUGGGUAAAGAGUUAUCUAGUUCUAAUAUUUUCCGGACAAGUGGAUCACAAAGGCGUCCAGCUGUGUCUAGCAGUCGCGACCCAGUGAUAACUGGUGAACCUGAUUCCUCUCACAUCCGGAAAACAGAUGCGAGUCCAGGACAUCUCCAUAAAACUACCAGUGCUGCUCAGAGAAGUUCACCGGUUGUCCCAUCAGAUCAGAAGCGCAGCUCCUCCACUAGAAUGGACAAGAACUUCGAGGCUGCCCUUAAAGGAAUAGAGGGACUAAGUGUCAAAAAUGAUGAGAGGCUGCAUUACUAGUUGUGCUGCUUUAUCUCAGUUCUUUGGUUACUGUAAAUCUUGGCAAAAGAAUUACACCAACUUCGGGGAUUACGCGUUUCGUUAUGAGUUGCCAUCAGCAAAGGGUAAAAUGUAUAAGUUAAUGUGACCUCAAUAACAUGAUAAGGAGAUUCAUGGGUCACAAAGCCAAGUUUGAGAUCCCUCUGAUAAUUUGGUUUAUGCUUCUUCUGUACAUUUGGCACUUUCUAUGUUUUCGUCAUUUCCCUCUCUAUGAUGUCCCUUUAUAUGAGUUCUUAGUAUUUUUAAUGGUGCUAUGUUGUGAAUUAUCAAGAUAUUUUUGUAUGAUUGAUGACUAAAUAUUUGUGAAUUAUCAAGAUAUUUUUGUAUGAUUCGAGGCUAAAUAUUCAGUUGAGACUUCUUGUGUUAGAAUUA